AUGCAUAUCUCCAAGAAACUCGCCGCCGCGCAUUCGACCGGCAAAAUCACCCACUCCUACGAGUACUUCCCGCCCAAGACCGCCCAGGGUGUGCAGAACCUGUACGAUCGCAUGGACCAGAUGCACGGUCUGGGUCCGGCGUUCAUCGAUAUCACAUGGGGUGCCGGUGGAAGACACGCCAGUCUCACCAACGAGAUGGUCAAGAACGCACAGGAGGCCUAUGGAUUGGAGACAUGCAUGCACCUGACCUGCACGGAUAUGGGUGUGGAAAAGAUUGAUGAUGCAUUGAAACAAGCUUACAAUGCCGGCUGCACAAACAUCUUGGCGCUCCGCGGAGAUCCGCCCAGAGAGCAGGAGAAGUGGGAACAGACCGAAGGUGGUUUCCGCUAUGCCUUGGACCUGAUCAAGUACAUCAAGAAACAAUAUGGCGACCACUUCGACAUUGGCGUCGCCGGAUACCCGGAGGGUCUGGACGAGACAUGUUCGGCGGACGAGCACAUCAAGUAUUUGAAGGAAAAGAUCGACGCCGGUGGAACCUUUGUUGUCACCCAGAUGUGCUACGACGCGGAGCUCUUCAUCGAAUGGAUGAAUCGCGUUCGAGCUGCUGGUAUCCCGGAAUCCGUACCGAUCAUCCCGGGCAUCAUGCCGAUAUCAACACACGCGGCCUUCUUACGGCGCGCCAACUGGGUCAAAGCUCGCGUUCCGCCAGAAUGGCACGAGGCUUUGGAGCCAAUCAAGAACGACGAUGGCGCCGUCAAGGAGGUCGGACGUGAUCUCAUCGUGGAGUUCUGCCGGAAGCUACUGGAUGCCGGAAUCAUGCACUUGCAUUUCUACACCAUGAAUCUGGCAGCUGCUUCGAGAAUGGUGCUCGAGCAACUUGAUCUUCUUCCUGCUCCGGAAAGUCCACAGCCCGAACUCAAGCCUCUGCCAUGGCGGCAGUCACUUGGGCUCAACAGGCGAGAGGAAAAUGUGCGACCCAUCUUCUGGAGGAACCGCAACCGGGCAUACGUGCAGCGGACCCAGGACUGGGACGAGUUCCCGAACGGGCGCUGGGGUGACAGCAGAUCUCCAGCUUUCGGUGGUUUGGAUGAGUACGGUAUUGGACUCAAAGGCACCAACGAGCACAACCGCAAGCUGUGGGGAGAACCGAAGAGUCUCAAGGAGAUCUCGGACUUGUUCGUCGGCUUCAUGCGUGGAAAGGUGGAGACCUUGCCGUGGUCUGAAUCUCCCAUCAACGAAGAAGCGAACGUGCUCGUGCAAGAUCUGGUCGACCUGAACAGCCGUGGCCUCUUCACAAUCAACUCUCAGCCUGCUGUCGACGGCGCCAAGUCCACUGACAAGAUCCACGGAUGGGGACCACCUAACGGUUACGUCUACCAGAAGCAGUAUCUGGAAGUCCUCGUCUCGCCAGAUCUGAUCCAAGAAGUCAUCCGGCGAAUGGACCAGGAUCCCAACAUCACAUACUACGCUGUCAAUUCCAAUGGCGAGCUGAAAACCAAUUCACCAUCGGAUGGUGGUCCCAAUGCCGUCACAUGGGGUGUCUUCCCAGGCAAGGAGAUCGUGCAGCCGACCAUUGUCGAGACGGUCUCUUUCCUGGCUUGGAGAGAUGAGUUCUACCACCUCGGUCUGGAAUGGAGCAAGUGCUACGAUGAAGGCAGCGACAGCCGCAAGGUGAUUCAGGAGAUCACGCAGAGCUGGUACCUGGUCAACAUUGUGCACAACGACUUCCGCCAGAACAAUGGCAUUUUCAAGAUCUUCAAGGGUCUGGCAGUCCCGGGAUUGGAGGGUGCUGCGCUCACCAACGGCUUCCAUCAUGACGAGCCGGAUGGCAAGCCAGUAGCGAAUGGCGUCCCUAAUGGUGUCACGAACGGUGACCAUGCGGGCUCUGGAGCCGAUGCGACGUCCAACACGGCGCUUAAAAACUGA